CAUCGUCAUCAAGGAAGAAAAGCGACAACAGCGUCACCGCGUGUCGGAGUCGUUCAACAAAACAACAACACCGUGGGAGCUUCUCAAGAUGGCGGAGAAAGGUGGCAGUCCAGGCAACGGAGACGCUGGACUUGUCUCCAGUUCCUGUUUGUCGUCCGGAGCCGGCAUGCUGGGGCUGUCUCGGAUCCAGCAAAAUCCAUUCGCCAUCAAAACAACCACACCGACGAGGAGCGUAGCAGACAGUACAGAAAACAAAGAGUCAAAGCCCAUUGUUGCUCCACCCACCUUAGUUCUUGGCGCAGACAAUGCCUGCGCAGUGUCAUCAUCCGGGAGCCGGAUAGUGCUCCGGCCGUCAGCCCUUGCUUUCCAGGCUGAGAAGCUGAAGCAGACGUCGGAUGUUGCAUCCACGGAAACAAAGGACAACUUGGCCGCCGCAUCUGUUCCCGGAGAACAGCAACAGCAGCAGAUGCCGUCGGCUUCCAGGGACCUCCGCGAGGUGUCGUCAACGUGCGAGUCCACCACUGGCCCUGUCACGAACGGCACACGGACCAGUAGCGCGGGCUCUGGUGCAGAGGAUGACAACAGCGGCAGCACCACAACCUCCAGCAGCAACGGCCGGGCCAUCGGCGAGGGCAGCGGCAGCUUUGGCCUGGCCCUGGGUGACCUACGAAACGGCACGUCGUCGUCGUCAGACCACCUAGUGAACCUCAGCAGCGGCGCUGGACUUCUCAGCUCGGCAGCAGACGACGCGAACCACUCGCCACACGCAGCAGCGCCCCCUGAUGGGUUUGUCUUUGGUGAGAACCUGCGAGAGCGGGCUGCGAACUUCGAAGACACCUCGUCGGACUCCUCGGUUGCGCCAACGUCGACAGAGCUCUCCUUCCAGCAGUUCCAGCAACAGGCCAGUGGAAGCACCGUUGCCGCCACGGAGCAGCCUGUUGAUGUCUCAUCUGCAGCGAGCCGGCACGCCAAAAGCCUGACCGAGUCCGCCGAGGAGUACCAGUUGCGGCAAGUCAAGCGGACGUACGACGAGGUCGCUGUGGUUACGGGAGAGGAGAACGAGUCCAAUGUUCUUCAGAUCAACUGCAAGCUGUUCACCUUCGACAAGACAACAAGUUCUUGGCAGGAGCGAGGUCGUGGCAGCUUACGAUUGAACGACCAGGAGGUCGAUGGCGUGCUGCAGUCAAGAAUGGUAAUGCGAACACAGGGCAGCUUGCGUGUCAUCCUGAACACCAAGGUGUGGUCUGGAAUGGUUGUAGAGCACCCUAGUUCAAAGACCGUCCGCACGUCGGCCAUCGACCCCGACGGAAUUCGUGUCUACCUCAUUCAGGCAAACGCCAAGGACGCCGAGCAGCUCUACAGUGCACUCGAGUGCCGUGUCGCAUCGCUCAAGGCUGCAGAAGACAGCGGCACUGGCGUGUCACCUGUGCCAGCAGCCAUGCAGGGACUGCCGCCCUCCGCGGACAGCUCGUCGUCAUUUCCAGAGUCUGUGGGAAGCUUGGAAGACGACGGAGCACCGCAGUCGAAACGACCGCGUCUGCAGGAGUCGGACGGCAGUCUUCCAGACAGCAGCCACGGAGAGGACUCGGUCGCAACGGCCGAGUGCGAGAGCAGUGCAGAAGACAAGGGAUAGGCGUCCUCUCUGGGACCGUGAAAACGUCCUCGGACAAGGCAGUGGGCGACGAGGGUGGGGUUGAAGCAGUGAAGCCAUUGCUGUCGUUUAUGUUGUUUGGGACUCCCCAACGGUUCGCGUUGUGACGAGGCUCGAUUGGCUCGAAAUUGGACGAUUCUUGCCUGCGCGGCUUAUAUUCCUGGAGGGAACUACAAGGUCUGCAUGGGCCGUGGAAUAUUGCGAAGCCAUUGCCUGGAUUUUGAGUCCAGACUUCAGCAGGAGCAAACAGGCACCAGACCGAAGUCUAUAAUUCUGCUGCACUAUUAUGAAGACGUUGUCAUUUGAUUCGUACUGGAUUUUUGCAAGCUUCUUUUUUUUUAGUAUAGCAUCAGCAUUGAAAUCUUCACAGUCGUAAUGCAUGAACAAGCUGUAUUUUUUCUUCUUCCUUCAGGCUUGGGAAGUCUCUGAGAGGAUGCCAUUCUUUGUUGACUAUUUUCAGAGGUGCUUUCAAUGUUGUUCAUUCGAUGCCCAGCGGGAUGUUUCACCUAAGGGAUAGGCACCCUUUCUUGAUGGCUUAACCAACAGGCCUGUAACCAUCAAAAGCUUGAUCUCUAAACUAGGUUGAUACAGGAUGCAACUGCAGUCUUGACCACACGUUAGCACAAUGGCGGCGCUUUAUUUUGCAGCAUUUCUUGUACUAUGCAGCGUUAACUUUUUUUCUGCUUGUUUUACUUUUUUUACUUCAUAGUUGCGUAGCAUGAAAUCUGCACUAGUUAUUACAGCGUAGUGUCGUUCGAUUUGCACAAGCCUAGUACACGAAACGUGGAACACAUAGUUCCAGCAGGACAUACGGAUGCAAAGGGACUGCCAAACGAAUGCACAUGCAAAAGAUAUGUGCUAAGUACUUGUAGUGUGGAGGAAAUCUGCAUUUGACAUUCAGCUGCAGUCUGGCUACAAUGUUCUCAACUGUAGCAACCCUUAAUAAAACCACUGCCCCGGCGAACUCAACGUUAUGGAAGCCUGCAUGUCAUCUUGCUCACUGUCUAUAGUACUUGCAAGCAGGCUAACGUAACAUAAAAAGUGACAUCAUCCAGGGUCAGGCGAGCAGGAGUAGGUUAAAGGAGCACUGACAAAAAAUUUCUGCACCUCUCUCUCUCUCUCUCUUUUUUUUUUUUGCAAUAGGUAGGCUAGACCUACUUAUCAUGGCUGAAAACCUCAUUUUGGCGAGUGUGCGACAGCUUAUUUAUUGAGAGACAUCUUUAGAGCACCCAGCCUCAGCUUUGGUCUCGAAGAGGCCCAAGCUAGGUAGGAGCAGUUCCAGGGGCAAGGUAAACACAUCUGGCCAUGUGACCACGCAAAAAUGUAACGUGGGUGCUGCGUGCGCGAGCGAAAGCCGUACUGAUAGCCAGCACACGCGAAGCCGCAGUCAUGGAGGCGAAAUCAAAGGUAGCACAAGGCAUGUGCCAGCAACCAGCCAACACAGACUCAUGACUCAGGUUUGUUCAUGUUGCCCCUGCGUUAAUGUCAGCGUGGCAAGGCGCCCCCGUCUCUCAGUCAUGCGGCAUGCGCUUUAAAUUUAAUUUAAAAUAUAUUCUAGGCUACACUUGGCCUUCAUAUCUCGAAGGCGUUGUGUAUGUCUGGACGUAAAUCUAUCUCGCUCAAUACCUUGCCUUCGAAAUUUUGCGUCGGUGUUCUUUUUAUGUCAUCGUUGCUCCCAGUUUUCGUCGUUUCUGUCGGUGCGUUCGACCAUGAGUGUUUGAAGAAAGGCGAAUCUUAAACCGGGUAGCACUCGAAGCCAUACUUCCAAGCAUGCGCGAACGGUCCUCACGACGGCUUGUGCCGUCGUGACAACCAGUAAUAACUAGUACAAUGGCCUGAGAUGCCGUUUCUCUGUAAAUUUGUGCAGGAUUUAUGGCAAGAAAACCGUUGGGGGUGUUCAAAACCCACAAUGCAAUCUUUCCCAUCCCUUCCUGCUGUUUUGGUUUGGAGUUGCAUUACUAGUGUAAUUGCCUUGCUGGACUUUUUUUUUUCGUUAAUGCACUUUUUAUUGCUGCCUUGCAUGUUAACCUUUUUUUUUUGCAUUUCCUGCUUUAAGUUUUCCGAGAUUUUUAAAUCCAAGAAGGCUGUACAAAGAUUCCUCCCCGCUUUCCCACUGUGUGGGUUUGCUCCAAGUGUCUGUUGGAAACUCGUAACCUGUCUCUUUUUGUUGUUGUUGCUGUUUUAUUUUUUUUUUUCAUAGGAUAAGUGCUCACAGAGAAAGUGAGCACUGCCUAUGUUGCCUCGUUUAUGCGAAUGAAAUGUUUUCGGGAACUUUUUUUCAUUUUCCUCUAAUGUGCCACGACUCCAGCAAACUGUUACGCAAUUACGUGCAUCGCACGGUCAUUGUAUUGGCUUGGCUCAGGCCAUUGCCCUGCCCGAAUGUGAUCGGCUGUUGCCAGCAGCCUCUUGGCUUUCGACAAGUCUUGCAGUGGUUCAGUAGGCGCCAAUCCGCUGCAGCCGGGACUUGUCACAAGCACCGUUUUUGGGCCUUGUUCGGCCGUGCCUUUACAUUGGGUUCCAACAUGGACAUGUUUCAACAGCGAUGAAGCUUGCUUUACAGCCUGUAAAUGGGAAAUGUCUCUGUGUCGCUGGAAAAAUGUGUACUAUGUAACGCUGAAUCUUUUUGCCGAGCUUUGCAGCGCUUACGUGUAGUUUUUUGGGGGCCGAAUGUGCAGUGGCUUCUUUUUUGGUUGCUCUUAAGGCUAUAGAGUGGCUGAGAAGCACGCAAAGCAGUUGUUGGGAGAGAUCAUUGACAUAAUAUUGGUCAUGUGAGCAUUGUGUACAUAAUCGGAAAAGAGGCCCUUGUGUACCCCGGAUGCUCCUCCUGGUUUGGAUUAAUGAUUGCCCAUCAAGUUUUUUAAUUUUUUUCAUUGUUUCAUGUCCCAUGAUAACAAGCUUAAUGAGAUGGGCUUGCAAAUUCAGUCAGGCAUUCUGUUAGUCAAAGAUUUGUGGCACCCUUUUGCUUACGAUUCCUUGUUGAAGCGUAACUUGCUUGAUUUUUUGUUCGUGUGAGCAUUUCACUUUUUUUUUUUUCUUUUGUCUAAGUGAGCUGACACCACCUGUCUGAAAGGUAUUAAAAAAGAUGGCACUGCUCCAUGCCGUGCAGGGUCGAACCCACAGUCAGUUUAUUCAGGUUUUUGUUAAAAUAUACUUUUUACUUGGACCGUUGAUGCGUCAUGUAACUAAAUACGUUGCUGUGGAGCUGCCUCGCUUUUCAUGCAGCCUGAUGGCAUCUGUAUAGUAAAAUUGUCUGUAGUUUGAACACCUUGUUUGAAAAAUAAAGCGGAUGUGACAACAUAAUAGUAAAA